UCAUCAGACAAAUUGCCCACGUUAUGAGUGAGGAUAUAAGGGAUCCCAUACAGAGGCAGACAGAGGUGCGAAACAGGAAAACGGGGUCCUGGAUCAACCAACAGGAUGUCAAAGAAGUGCUAAGGUUUGAACAGUUCACUACUGUUGAUUGGAUGCAAGAUGAAUUGAAAGAACAAAAGAAUAGAUUAUCAAAAUAUAGUAGUAUACAACAGGGUAGGACUUCUCUCCGAGAGAGGGUGGUGUCUUCCACUCUCAAUUGGUUUGUGCUUGCUCUCAUGGGGGUCACAAUUGGAAUAAUUGCCGCAUGUUUGAAUGUGAUGACUGCUUGGAUGGCUAAUAUAAGAUUGGGUCAUUGUUCAGGAGCAAUAUAUUUGAACAAAAGUUUAUGUUGUAUAGAAGAAGGAGAAGGGAAAUGUGAAAAGUGGGUGAAUUGGUCUAGCUAUGGAAUUGUAAACUAUAUGGUUUAUGUUCUCUUUUCCUUUGUCUUGUCUUUCACAGGAGCCUCAAUAGUGAAAAGAUAUGCUCCAGCAGCCGCUGGGUCAGGAAUAUCUGAAAUUAAAUGUAUAGUUUCAGGUUUUGUGAUGAAGGGAUUUCUUGGAUGGUGGACUCUUUUGAUCAAAAGUUUGGGAUUACCUCUAGCAAUUGCUUCAGGUCUAAGUGUUGGUAAGGAGGGUCCAAGUGUACAUUAUGCUGUUUGUGUGGGGAAUUGUAUUUCUAAGCUUUUUGCCAAGUAUAGGAAAAGUGCAUCGAAGGCUAGGGAGUUUUUAACAGCCACAUCAGCCGCUGGAGUGGCAGUGGCAUUUGGAUCCCCGAUGGGUGGAGUUCUUUUUUCCAUGGAGGAAAUUUCUUCAGUGUUUCAAUUAUCUACAAUUUGGAAAUCCUAUUUCUGUUCUUUGAUCGCUGUGGCAACUUUAGCAUCGAUUAACCCAUUUGGAACUGGUCAAUUAGUAAUGUUCGAAGUCUCGUACGAUAAAAAUUGGCAUUAUUUUGAAAUCCCACUCUAUAUUCUUUUGGGUGCAUUUGGCGGAAUUUACGGUAUAAUUGUAUCCAAGUUUAAUAUUCGGGUAGUUUCAUUCCGUAAGAAGUAUUUGGGUAACUAUGCAAUUCGAGAAGUUGUAACUUUGGCUAUAUUGACAGCCAUGUUUUGUUACUUUAAUCAAUUCUUACGUUUGGAUAUGACUGAAUCUAUGGAACUUCUUUUCCGUGAAUGUGGGUCUGGUUUCGACCAUCCUAUCUGUGACCCAGAUUCGAAAAAGACUUUAUUAGUUGUUUCAUUGCUCUUUGCAACUAUCUCUAGGAUGGUUUUAACAAUUUUCACAUAUGGUUGUAAGGUUCCAGCAGGUAUUUUUGUUCCUUCAAUGGCCGCAGGUGCAACUUUUGGGAGAGCAAUUGGUUUAUUGAUGGAAAAAUUACAUCAAGUAUAUCCAGACUCAUCAAUCUUUUUAACAUGUCCUGCAAAUGGAGAUAAAUGUAUUAUUCCUGGAACCUAUGCAUUUUUGGGAGCAGCAGCAGCUUUAAGUGGGAUAACUCAUCUCACCGUCACGGUUGUUGUUAUUAUGUUCGAGUUGACAGGUGCUCUUCGGUAUAUUAUCCCAACCAUGAUAGUUGUUGCCAUUACCAAAAGUAUUAAUGAUAAAUGGGGAAAAGGUGGAAUUGCGGACCAAAUGAUUAAAUUCAAUGGCUUACCACUUAUCGAUGCCAAAGAAGAACAUACUUUCAAUGCCACUGUUGUGGAAGCCAUGUCAACGGUGACAGUUGCCUUACCAUAUGGGAAAAACGAUCUGCUGAUUGAUGUAUCUCAACUUCAAGUGAUUCUUUCUAAAACCAAGUACAGAGGCUUCCCCAUUAUUGAUUCAUUUGAUAACCCUCAAAUCAUUGGGUAUGUUUCUCGAUCAGAUUUGGAGCACGUACUAUUGAACUUUCCACAAGGGAGUUCUAAAUGUGAUUUCAGCAAUACUAGUGGCCAAUUUGCACUGAUUGUAAAUUAUGCACCUGUUGUGAUCAAUAAAGAAACCACCAUGGAAUAUUUAUUGGAUAUAUUUGCAAAAUUGGGACCAAGGUAUGUUUUAAUAGAGAAUAAAGGACAACUUUGUGGCUUGGUAUCAAGAAAGGAUAUAUUGCGAUAUGAGCACACAGUUCAUGGAUUAACACACGACAAUAGACAAGAACUACGGGAUGAAGCAUUCAAUGACUCUGUUUGGGAUCUUAUUGUAUAUGCAAAUAUUGAAGGUCGUAAAACUAUAGGAAAAUUACUCCAUAAUGAUGAAAAUAGGUACAUAAGUUCGUAAAGAAUAAAAUAUGUCUAUAAUAUUAAAUUGUGAUAA